AAUGAGGCGACUGCUGUAUCUGGCUACGGCGGCCAUCACCACAACAGCCCAAAAAACAUCUGUCGUCACCUCGCCCGGUCAGCCAACACGAAAAGGCAACCCUGGAGCGUUCGAACUCGUCGGAAACACCAUCGUUAGCGCUCAACAGAUUUUCCUUGGUCAUCCAGACAAAGUCUACAUCCUCGACAAGGUGGAGAACAAUCCUACCCAGAUAAAUGGACAUCCGGCGUGGGCGGCGGAAUACAGGCUCUCUGACAACAGCCAGCGAGCCAUGGACGUCGUCACGAAUUCCUUCUGCGCGGGUGGUAGCUCGUUAGGAAAUGGGACGUGGAUUAACGUCGGCGGGAAUCAAGCAGUUGCGUACGGUGGAACCCCCGCGUCGGUGCAAGAUGGGAGUGCAGGGCCAUACAGAGAUGCUGACGGAAUACGUAUGAUUACUCCUUGUGACGACGAUAGCUGCCAAUGGUCUCUGUCGCCCUUCGAAUCCGACCAACGUUGGUAUCCUACGCGAGAGACACUCGACGACGGGAGCAUCAUAAUGCUCGGAGGCUGUCGGAAUGGCGGCUACGUCAACGACGCGGGGCAGGCAGUUCCGACCUAUGAGUUCUUUCCACCAACUGGACCUCCAGUCGUUUCUGCCAUCCUCCAGAACUCUCUCCCAGCCAACCUCUACCCACUCGCAUUUCUUCUCCCGUCAGGAAAGGUCCUGCUCCAAGCCAACUGGCUGACCUCGCUUCUCGACUAUAAGAACAAGAUAGAGACGCCUCUUGAUGACAUGCCAGACGCCGUCAGGACCUACCCCGCGAGCGCCGGGAUGGUGAUGUUGCCUCUUACUCCUGCGAGUAACUGGACGGCGACUAUCAUGUUCUGUGGUGGGGCGAAUGUCCCGGUCGAUCGGUGGACCGCGCCGGACUUCGUCGUGACUCGGCAUGAAGCGUCGGCGUCUUGCGUGAAGCUCACUCCAGACGUUUCGAAAUCCUACGUCCAAGAUGACCCCCUGCCCGAGAGACGCACCAUGACGAACCUGAUCCUACUUCCAGACGGGAAGGUUCUGUGCCUGAACGGAGCAAGAAUGGGCACCGCCGGAUACGGUAACAACUCUUGGUCUAUUGGUCAAUCUUACGGCGAAGAUCCCCACAUGACUCCCAUUCUCUAUGAUCCUACCGCUCCAGCUGGGCACCGCUGGUCCAGUCCGGGUUUCUCGCCCAGUUCCGUGCCACGAAUGUAUCACUCUUCAGCCCUUCUUCUGCCUGACGGCUCCGUCUUCGUGUCAGGUUCAAAUCCAAACGCGGAUUACACCGUCGGUCCUGACGUCAAGUACCCCACCGAGUAUCGUACGGAGCGCUUCUACCCAUCAUACUACAACCAACGGCGCCCACAACCGAAGGGCCUGAUUUCUCAGCUGUCGUACGGUGGUCAACCGUUCGACGUCGCCCUCGACUCGGGCGACCUCUUCGGUGAUGUUCGAAAUAUCCAAAAUACCACUGUCGUCGUUCUUCGGACCGGCUUCUCGACUCAUAACAUGAACAUGGGUCAGCGCAUGGUGCUCCUCGAGGCUUCUUACACCGGAUACCAGAACAACACCGCGAUCCUCCACGUUUCCCAGCUGCCUCCCAAUCCCUCUAUCCUUGCUCCUGGCCCCGCAAUGCUUUUCGUCGUCGUCAAAGGUGUGCCGUCUGUCGGCGUUCCGGUCAUGGUUGGCUCAGGCAGCAUCGGCCCCCAACCAAUCCAACCUAUCGGCUCCACACCGCCGUCGACAAUCAUUCAAAAUGAAUCUACGACUUCUGUCAACGGUGGUUCUGGGGCAACCCCAAAAACCAACGCGAGCAGCGCGGGGGCAGGCUACAGACACGGUUUGUACGCGUUGGAAGAAUGGCUUCCUGGGUGGAUUUCAUUGCUCGCACUCUUGGUUGUGAUGGCUUG